CGCGUGGGUAUGUUUGUGCGCGCGUGCAUGUGUGCCUGCGUGUGUGCGCAUGCACUUGCGUGCAUUUGUGCCUGCGUGUACGUGCGUGCGUGCAUGUGUGCGCGCGUGGGUAUGUGUUUGCGCGCGUGCGUGUGUUUGCGUGCGCGCAUAUGCUAUAGUGUGUUGUUAUUGUGAUUCUAGUUGAUGCAUAGGCUCUUGCAGCAUUCUGGACACUCCUGCCAAAAGCAUCACUGACAAAAAAAAAUGGUAUAAUGCAUUUUGCAUAAAUUAAGCACAUUUCUGAGUUGGUGUACAUUAAGUAAUUCUUGCGUAAAUUGUUUUGUGUUUCUGCCAUAUCUAGGCGUACACCAAAAUUGUUGCAUUUCUGGGUAAAUCUUGCAAAACCAUUUCACAGAAACGCUAUGAAUCUGAAACUGAGAGCAAAUCUAUAUUUCUCACACUCAUAAAACCAUUAUCACGCACAUUAUAGCAUGAGUUUGUGUUUUUCACAUCGGAUGUGUCAAAGUUAAAUUGUAAAUCUAUUCACAAUUUACACAAAAAAUUACUUUUAAUUCCGUAAAAUAGCUUUACGUAAAUUGUUGAAUCCACAUAACAUCGUUCAUAAAAUAAUUCGUGGUUUACACUAAAAAAAAACUUUCAAUUUGCUAGUUAGUAUGUUUUAAUGGCUGUAAAAUCUGUGAGCACGCGCGCGUGUGUGUGUGUGUGUGUGUGUGUGUGCAUGCUGGUUUUGUCCUGGUUAUUCAAGACGAUGCCUGGGCUCUUUCAGCACUGUCUGGACAUUCCUGCCAAAAGCAGAGAGAGAAAGAGAGAGUGAGUGAGUGAGUGAGUGAGUGAGUGAGUGAGUGAGUGAGUCCCUCACUAGCUUGUUUCACGGACAGGACGGAAAGUGUGUUUGUGAGCCAUGCCUCUCUGAGCUCUAGCAUGCAGAACAUUCCAGAGAAGAGCAGAGACACGGCAAGCCUGCGAGAGCCCAUGUCCCAGGAUGGUAAGGAACUCGGGGUCUCCGGUGGUGACGCUGACUCAAGACAGGUGCUCGUGAAGCAGGCAGACGCGGAGCGCGAGACCCUGAUGAUGGAGCUCACGCGGCGGGUGCAGAAGAGUGUGCGAGAGAGCAGCUGGUGGGAGAAGGGAAUAGACUGCACCAUCCUGACCGCAGCGUUCAUCAGUUUGCCUGCAGGUUUCCUGUUGUUGGGUUCAUCCCAGCCGCUGUAUUUCCUGUUGGGUCUGCUCAUUAUGGGCGUGGCACAUGCCAUCAUCACUGUUAAAGGGACGCACCUGGCCAGUCACGGCGCGCUCAGCGAGUCUCCGGCCUGGGCCGAAUUCUGGGGUUUCUUUAUCGAAGUGUGCGGGUCAUUCUCUGCGAGGGCAGGUGUGCAGGCGCAUGUUAAGAUGCAUCACGCUCAUACUAAUGUGAUUGGUCUGGGAGACUCCAGCACCUGGAAAAUCCCCUUCCUGCCUCGAAUCGUCUACCUGUUCAUCGCUCCUCUGGCUGUCCCUGUCAUUACACCUGUCGUUGCCAUGGGUCAGCUGAAGGGUCAAUCUCCAUUCCAGAUUGUGCGCACAGUGAUGUGUGUGUGUCUGGGCUUUUUCUCUCAGUAUUACCUGCUCAGGUGUGUGUCGGGGCUGUCGUGCAGCUCUGCUCUGCUGGUCAUUCUGCUGUGUAGAGCCAUGUUCUCCCUGCCGUACAUACACGUCAACAUAUUUCAGCACAUCGGUCUGCCAAUGUUCUCUUCGGCCAGUCGGCCCAAACGGAUCUAUCAGAUGACACAUGGUGUCCUGAAUCUUCCUCGAAACCCUCUGCUGGACUGGACAUUCGGUCAUUCCCUCAUCAACUGCCAUGUAGAGCAUCACCUCUUCCCAUAUCUCUCUGACAACAUGUGCCUGAAGGUGAAGCCCAUAGUGUCCCAGUAUUUAAAGGAAAAGCAGUUGCCGUAUCAGGAGGACGGUUACCUCUCGCGCCUCAGUCUGUUCUUCCAUAAAUAUCAGGAGCUGAUGGUGUUUGCUCCGUCCAUCACAGAGCUGGUGGGGGUGCAGUGACA